AUGCUUAAAUCACUAGAAGAUAGUAAAGAUAAAAUUAAUGAAGAUAUUAAAUAUAAGAUUCGCGUCCUUGCAGAGACACUUCUCUGCACUAUCAACAAAAAUCAACAUGACGUAGAUUGUAUUUUCAAAAAACUGGAUUUAACUGACGGUACUUUAUCAGGCGAAAGCCGCAUUACUGCUCUAAAAGAAAUCACUGAAUUAAUUUUAAAAAGAGUUCAAGAUAUCAGUAGUUUCAAAGCGGAUGCUCUACGAUUGGAAAAAGAACGUGCAAACGCUCUAAGAAAUAUCCUUCACGACCAUUAUCAUCGCAUAAUUUCUGUAGGUCAUCGAUCCUCAAAAGAAUUGCUCCAGGAAUGUGACGAGAAGAUUUAUAAUGUCAAUCAACAGUUAUUGAGUAAUUGCGCAGCGUAUAGUGAAUUAGAGAUACAGCUGCGUGCUCAAGCAAAUCGAAGCAUGGUAAAAGCCCGUUCUAUUCUUAAUCAGUUAUGCCUAGGAGUGAAGAUCAUAAAACGUGGAGGCAGUGCUCUUUCCGAAUGUAGCAACAAUCACAACAUUCAAAAGAGAUCUGGUAGUGCUAUUAUUUCUAAAGUAACUUCUACCAAUACUUUUACUGACCAUGCUUCAAUAAAUACGAAAGAAAUAGAUGAUUGUGUUUUUGAGUUAUCAGAGGAAUAUCAGAAUGCAAUUAAAAAUGUCUACAUGAAUUUUGUGGAUAAACUUAAAGAAUUUUAUAAAAAUAUGGGUAUCCGUAAUUUCAUACAAAAUAAAAUUUGUUGCACAAAUAAUGUCUCAGUCUCUGUUUUAGAUCAAAUUGUUGGAGAAACACAAAGAAUAUCUUCAAUUAGUGUCCAGACUAAAGUGCCUCCGUAUCCUGACUUUUCUGAAUUAGCUGAUUGUUUUAAUAUGAUAAGCAAAAGUUUGAACUCGGUGGGAAAACAACUCACAUAUACAUACAAUAUUUUGCAUGAUGCUAGCCAUCUAUGGGACGCGCACAUGAUUCGAGUGGCUCUCGCACAAAAACUAACACUGGCUGCUGUUGAAGAUCUUAUAAGUAGACACGACUCUAUCGAACUCGCAAAUGAAAUAACAUUUAACAUAACGUUAGAACAAUUAGUUACUGCACACGAUAAAGAUACAUUAAAACAAUAUUAUGACGCUUUAGAAGUAUUGCUUAAACUGAAGGAAGACGAAUACUUACAUCACAGUUGUACUGAAGUAGGGAGAUUGGAGGAAAUCUCGAAACUGCAUAUACCCUUGUCAAAUAUUCUGCAGGCAGAACUGGACUUCUAUGUCAAUAAAUACCCGAAAACAAAUUUAGAACCAAACAGAAGUGAAGAUAAUUUAUCAGAUUCACGUCUACGUAUUUCAGAUUGUAAUAUGAAGACAUCUCUUUUACGGUUAAUAUUAAAAACAGAAGUUCAAGAAGAAACACUCAAUAAUUGGAGAAAUGGAUUUCUGGAAUCUUUUCAAAACAAUUUGCCAUUACUCUCAGAAAAACUAGAACAUCAAAUUCGUUUAUGGGUCGAAAAAAGAUCUUUGCCAUUAAAGAAGCGACAUUCCUUAAAAAUGAUGUCACUUAACAUUCGUAAAGACCGAAUUAAAGCUGCGCGUGAUUUACGCAUAGCAGAGUUAUGCAAGAAUGAGGCCUGCUUAGUUUCGCACCUAGGGGCAAUUAAUCAAUUGGCUAAUACUUUGCCAAUGGAGGCUUCUAAGUUCAUAACCUUAGAUGAUACAGGCUUAUACCCGUUUUGUCAGUGGAUUCGAAAAAUUGAAGUAGGAAUGGAAGAAAUUCAAACUCACACAGUUGACGUCGAAACAAAAAGAUUGAAAAUGCUGAGUUUUGCACAAAGACUCGCCAAUCAUCGCCGGCGUUUUGAAGAAAGCUUAAAUUCGGCUACAGAUCUCUAUAAAAAGACAAUUGAACGCCGUGUCCAAGAAGCAAGGGUCUCUAACGUUCGUUUCUUGUCUCAUUUAAAAUUGCGCAAUGAGGGAGGGCGUUACUCAGCUGUUGAAUCGUUAAAGAUCUGUGCAGCCUUAGUAAAAGGUGGUGAAUCUCUAGAGAUCUGUAUGACUGAGUCGUUAGAUACAUUAAAGCAACGUCAUACGGAACUACUUCUACAAGCAGACCAGUUACUUCAGCCUUUGCAGAAGAUAACGGAGGAGACAUUAAAAGCCACUGGAAAAAAUGUCCCUAAUAAAAGCAAACAAUUUCAAUAUAAAAAGUAG